AUGAUGAUCUGUAAUAAACCUCCAAAUAAGACAGCUCCGGAGAAUUUGGGCGAAGCUGCUCCCGAGGUGCAGGUCCACCGCGCUCGAAGGAAUGGCUGGAGUUGGCCUCUGCACCUUUUCCAGGUUAUCGCCUGGUUGCUGUACAUCUUCUUUGCGCUGGUUGGCUUCGGAGUCCUCGUUCCUCUGCUGCCCCGCCACUGGCUGCCUGCCGGCUAUAUCUGUCCAGGAGUGUGUUUUAUCUACCAUUUAGUUGUUCAUCUUACUGCAGUCUCCAUUGACCCCGCGGAUGCAAAUGUGCGAGAAAAAAACUAUCUAGGGCCUCUGGCCACCUUCAAUCGUACCCAGCAUGCGCAUGUCAUUGAAAACCAUCAUUGCCAUGUCUGUGAUGUGGAUGUGAGCGCCAAGUCGAAGCACUGUGGAACUUGCAACAAGUGUGUGUGUGGCUUUGAUCACCACUGCAAAUGGCUCAACAACUGUGUGGGAGAGAGGAAUUACUGGCUCUUCUUGAAUAGCGUGCUGUCUGCCAUCCUGGGCCUCGGGCUCCUGCUGCUCAUCGCUUGCUAUGUCUUUGUGGAGUUCUUCGUUGACCCCGCGACGCUUCGCUCCGACCGGCACUUUGAUGCUCUGAAGAACCACACGGACCGCUGGUUUGUGUUUCUUCCUGCAGCUCCCGUUGAGACCCGGGCAUCUGCUAUUUUGGUCACAGCUGGAAUUUUUAUUCUUCUGAGCCUAAUGACCGUGAUCCUCCUUGGCCACCUCUUGACCUUCCACAUCUAUCUCAUGUGGAAUAAAUUGACUACGUACGAGUACAUCCUGCAGCAGCGUCCCCAGCAAGAGGCGAAAGAAGUGGACAAGCAACAGGAGUCUUGUCCUUCCCAAAUGAGACCCAGUCAGGAGGCCAACUUUGUUUCCCAGGGUAACCUGGGAUAUACAGACCCUGGUAUUCAAGUGGAGGAAUUCUCAACAGUGACUUCAGGAAAAAGCUUCUCUCAGCUCUACAUCCGUGAUGAGGAAGCUGAGCUUGGACAGAGUCCUUCCCCUGACCUCCCAUCUCUCCACUUCGCAGUCCCUUCUCAGCGACAGAAGAAAAGAAGAAAGAGGACUCAUAAAGCUGCUUCCUCAGCGAUGGACAGCGGGUCUAAACCACAUGCUGCACCUUGGCCUUCUUUCCCGGAUCCCCAGUCAGACAAUCCCAGAGGUGAACGGAAGAAGAAUCUGUGUUCUGGGCACAAGGUAAAAAAGAAAAGCUGCCGGCAAGACAAGCGCGGGGAACGAGGCGUGGAACUUUUUUCGAAGAUCCCUGCCGUGUUUGUGAGUAAGAGCAGCGGGGAACCUCCCGUUUCGCAGCCUCAGCCCAGCGAGGGCACUUCCGAGCCGCAGCACAGAAAAUGCACCAGUAAGCGACGUGUGGGCAGGCACGACCCGUGCUUUAAGGACAUGAGGACGAACACCACAGAGGCCUAG